GUCGUCCUUAGAGUUGACCCUCAUCUACUUAAGAGGCUCUCUGCUUUCGCGACCUGCUUUCACUUUCAGACCCACGACACGACCAAGUAGCACAUAUCAGCCAUGGAUCCCAGUGGUGCUGCCUCGCAGCCUCAGAAUGACACCGCGACCGCGAUCCUGCGGCAGAAGAAAUCGCCAAAUCGUCUCAUCGUAGACGAGGCGACGUCCGACGACAACUCCGUCGCGACCCUCAACCCCGCGACGAUGGAGACGCUCCAGCUCUUCCGCGGCGACACGAUCAUCGUGCGCGGGAAGAAGCGGCGCGACACCGUCCUGAUCGUGCUCAGCUCGGACGACGUCGAGGAGGGACGCAUCCAGAUGAACAAGGUCGCGCGGAACAACCUGCGCGUGAAGCUCGGCGAUCUCGUCAACGUGCACCAGUGCGCGGACAUCAAGUACGGCAAGCGCGUACAUAUCUUGCCGUUCGACGACUCGGUGGAGGGGCUGUCCGGGAACAUCUUCGAGGUGUACCUGAAGCCGUACUUCCUCGAGGCGUACAGACCCGUCCGUAAGGGCGACACUUUCCUCGUCCGCGGUGGUAUGCGCACGGUUGAAUUCAAGGUUAUCGAGACCGACCCUGCAGAGUACUGUAUCGUGGCUCAAGACACGGUCAUCCACACAGAGGGCGACCCCGUCAAGCGUGAAGAGGAAGAAGCCAACCUGAACGACGUCGGCUACGACGACAUUGGCGGUGUCCGCAAGCAGAUGGCGCAGAUCCGUGAACUCGUCGAGCUGCCGUUACGGCAUCCACAGCUCUUCAAGGCGAUCGGUAUCAAGCCCCCAAGAGGUAUCCUCAUGUACGGCCCCCCUGGUACCGGUAAGACGCUCAUGGCGCGUGCUGUGGCAAACGAAACUGGCGCGUUCUUCUUCUUGAUCAACGGCCCCGAGAUCAUGAGUAAGAUGGCGGGAGAGAGUGAGAGUAAUCUGAGGAAGGCGUUCGAGGAGGCUGAGAAGAACUCGCCGUCGAUUAUCUUCAUUGAUGAAAUUGAUUCGAUCGCUCCCAAGCGUGAAAAGACUAACGGGGAAGUCGAGCGCCGUGUCGUCUCUCAGCUGCUUACCCUCAUGGAUGGCUUGAAGGCUCGCUCGAACGUCGUAGUCAUGGCUGCCACCAACAGACCAAAUUCCAUCGACCCCGCCCUCCGUCGAUUCGGCCGAUUCGAUCGUGAAGUCGACAUCGGUAUCCCCGACCCUACCGGCCGUCUCGAGAUCCUCCGCAUCCACACCAAGAACAUGAAGCUCGCCGACGACGUCGACCUCGAGCAGAUCGCCGCGGAGACGCACGGUUACGUCGGUUCCGAUCUUGCCGCGCUCUGUUCGGAGGCCGCGAUGCAGCAGAUCCGCGAGAAGAUGGACCUCAUUGACCUGGAGGAGGACAGUAUCGACGCAGAGGUACUCGACUCGCUCGGCGUCACGAUGGACAACUUCCGGUUCGCGCUCGGCUCGUCGAACCCGUCUGCGCUCCGCGAGACCGUCGUCGAGGUGCCGACGAUCAAGUGGGACGAUAUCGGCGGGUUGGACAAGGUCAAGCAGGAGCUGCAGGAGACGGUGCAGUACCCUGUGGAACACCCCGAGAAGUUCGUCAAGUAUGGCAUGUCGCCGUCGAAGGGUGUCUUGUUCUAUGGGCCUCCUGGUACUGGUAAGACGUUGCUUGCCAAGGCCAUCGCCAAUGAGUGCCAGGCCAACUUCAUCAGUAUCAAGGGUCCUGAAUUACUCACCAUGUGGUUCGGUGAAUCAGAAGCCAACGUCCGUGAUGUCUUCGACAAGGCCCGUGCGGCUGCGCCGUGCGUGAUGUUCUUCGACGAGUUGGACUCGAUCGCGAAGGCUCGUGGCGGCUCGUCGGGCGAUGCUGGCGGCGCGGGCGACCGUGUGCUGAACCAGAUCCUGACGGAGAUGGACGGUAUGAACACGAAGAAGAACGUCUUCAUCAUCGGCGCAACUAACCGACCCGACCAAAUCGACCCUGCGCUUCUCCGGCCUGGCCGUCUUGACCAGCUGAUCUACAUCCCUCUGCCGGACGAGCCGUCGCGUCUGGCCAUUCUCAAGGCUAACUUGCGCAAGUCGCCUGUCGCGCCUGACGUCGACUUGAACUUCCUUGCGAAGAACACGCAUGGGUUCUCUGGUGCUGAUUUGACGGAGAUCUGUCAGCGCGCUGCGAAGUUCGCGAUUCGGGAGUCGAUCGAGGCAGAUAUCCGAAAGCAACGGGAGAAGAAGGAGAAGGAGGAGGCGGGCGAUGGGGAUGCGAAGAUGGAAGAGGAAGAGGAGGAGGACCCCGUGCCGACGAUCACGAAGGCGCACUUCGAGGAGGCGAUGAAGUAUGCCCGGCGGUCGGUGUCUGACGCUGACAUCCGGCGCUAUGAGAUGUUUGCGCAGAACCUCCAGCAAUCGCGUGGCUUCGGCUCGUUCAAGUUCCCCGAGGGCCAGUCUGCCCCUGGUGCGCCUGCUCCUCCCGCCGGCAACGCUGGGUUCAGUGAAGACACGGCAGAUGAUGAUUUGUACGCAUGAGUGAAGUGUCCCGUUUUCUCCUUUCCUCCUUUGUCAUCACGUUUCCGGUGUUGGAUGGCAUGACGAUAGAACCGUAGCAGCAUUUUCUUUCCAAAGCUUUGUAUUGUAGUUGAAGCAACCUCAUUCUUGCACUAUCAUUAGGCUUCAGGCUAUUUUGAGUGUGUACGCAGGGUCUAUGACGGUGCAUGUACGCAAGGU